AUGUUCAUUUUCUUCGAUACUUCAUUUUCCUAUCUUCAUCAUUCUUUCUUUCUUUCUUUCUUUCUUUCUUUUUUUUUCGUUCGUUCGUUCGUUCUUUCAUUCUUUCUGUUUCUGUCUUUUUCCUUUCUUUUAGUAUAUCUCAUGUUGAUUUUCUUCCUUACUUCAUUUUCCUACCUUCAUCAUUCUUUCUUUCUUUCUUUCUUUCUUUUUUACUUUUGUCUUUCUUUCUUUUGUUCUUUCUUUCUUUCCCUCUUUCUUUCUGUCUUUGUUUCUGUCUGUCUUUCUUUCUUUCUUUCUUUCUUUCUUGCUUGCUUGUUUUCUUUGGUUGUUUUUCUUCAGUUUUUUUUAUUUGUUUUGUUCUUUUCUUCAUUCUCCUUUCUUUCUUUUGUUCUUUCUUUCUUUCCCUCUUUCUUUCUGUCUAUCUGUCUUUGUUUCUGUCUUUCUUUCUUUCUUUCUUUCUUGCUUGCUUGUUUUCUUUGGUUGUUUUUCUUCAGUUUUUUUUAUUUGUUUUGUUCUUUUCUUCAUUCUCCUUUUCUUCAUUCUCCUUUUUUUCUUUCCCUCUUUCUUUCUGUCUAUCUGUCUUUGUUUCUGUCUUUCUUUCUUUCUUUCUUUCUUUCUUUCUUUCUUGCUUGCUUGUUUUCUUUGGUUGUUUUUCUUCAGUUUUUUUUAUUUGUUUUGUUCUUUUCUUCAUUCUCCUUUUUUUUUUUUUUGUCUUUCUUUCCCCCUUUUUUUUCUGUCUAUCUGUCUUUGUUUCUUUUCUUUCUUUUCUUUUUUCUUUCUUUCUUUCUUUCUUUCUUUCUUGCUUGCUUAUAUUCGCCAUCAACAUUUCUCCAUUUUUCACCCAUUCGUUUUUCUUACCCUGGCAUUUGUCCAAAAAAAUCCUUCUGCCCUUCUGGCGCCAACAGUCAGCUGACCGUUACUGGCUUCUACACUUUCAAAUAG